GGGAGGCUGGAGGUUUUUCACAGUGGCUCAUGGGGGACAGUGUGUGAUGACUCCUGGGAUAUUAAAGAUGCUCAUGUGGUGUGCAGACAGCUGCAGUGUGGAGUGGCCCUCAGUAACCAGCAGGUACCAGCCUGGUUUGGUCCUGGUUCUGGACCCAUAUGGCUGGAUGAGGUGGAGUGUGAGGGGAAUGAGACGUCCCUGUGGAGCUGCUCUUCUCCAGCUUGGGGAAAACAUGACUGUCAACACAAGGAGGAUGUAGGAGUCGUGUGCUCAGAGUUUAAAGAGAUCAGGUUAACUGAGGGCUGUGAAGGGAAUGUGGAGGUUUUCUACAAUGGAUCCUGGGGUAAUGUGUGUUACAACCAGAUGGACAGAGAUACAGUGAGUCUGAUCUGUCAAGAGCUGAACUGUGGAAGAUCUGGCAGUGAACCCAGUUAUUCAGAGGGAUUGAAGUCUCAUAAUUGGCUUGAUAAACUUAACUGUCGGCGACAUGACUCCACUUUAUGGCAGUGUCCUUCUUCAGCCUGGGGACAGAAUGUCUGUGAUAACGAAGUGGCCAAAAUCACCUGCUCGGAGGUUCAGACUCGUGAGUCUCCUCAGAGUCGUUUGACAUGUUCCACCUCACCAUCCCCAUACCAGAGACGGUGUUCAAAUCAUGUUCCUCUCAGACUGCGUGGAGAGAAGGGCCGGUGCUCUGGGAGGCUGGAGGUGUAUCAUAACACUGUGUGGGGCUCAGUCUGUGAUGAUCAGUGGGACAUCAGCGAUGCUCAGGUGGUCUGCAGGCAGCUGGGUUGUGGAGCAGCACUGAGGGCUGAUGGGAAUUCAACCUUUGGUUCUGGUGAAGGUGUUGUGUGGAUGAACAAAGUCGAGUGCAGAGGGAAUGAGAUUCACCUGUGGGACUGUCCUCUCUCCCUGAAUAACCACACUGACUGCUCCCACAAAGAGCACGCUGGACUCACCUGUGCAGAUUUGCCAGAUGUUUCAGUGUCCAUUACUCCUGCCACAACAUUAUCAGCUUCUCCUCCAGUUUCUCCUCCAGUGCGCUCAACAUCAGUCGCUCCUCCACAAACUCCUCCACCAGCAUCUCCCCCAGUGGUUGUGAUUGUUCUGGGAGUUGUGCUCUUACUGCUUUUAGUGCCACUGCUUAUACUGAUUCAGCAGAACAGAGUGAUGGAGUCUUUAUGA